AUGGCUCAACGUGUUACCCUCCGCAAGCGCAAGUCGUACAACACCACCUCUAACCGCAGACGCGUGAUUAAGACUCCCGGAGGCAAACUCGUUUACCACCACCUUAAAAAGCUCGGCUCUGCCCCCAAAUGCGGUGACUGCGGUAUCGCCCUUCCCGGUGUCCCCGCCCUCCGCCCCCGUGAAUAUGCCACCAUCUCCAAGCGCCAGAAGACUGUGCAGCGUGCUUAUGGUGGAUCAAGAUGCGGUGACUGCGUCAAGUCCCGCAUUCUCCGUGCUUUCCUGGUGGAGGAGGCCAAGAUUGUGAAGAAGGUUAUCAAGUCGCAGGAGAAGACUGCCCGCAAGUAA